UCCACUUCCGUUGGAACUUUACUUUCAGUUUGUUGCCUUCUUCUUGUCGCUAGGUGUGGUGUUGUAUAUUUAAACUGGCGCCGUCAGCCAGUGUCUUUAUAUUUAUUUGACAACAUAGCAGUGUUAAAGACUGCUAUCUGCUGAAGAUUACACUAAAGCAGACACAGCUUUUUCGCUAGCUGGGUUAGCUUAGCGGCUUGAUGGCGCCUGUGCGGCUGCUGUGUGUGCACGGUUACCGGCAGAACAGCGCCUCGUUCCGGGAGAAGACUGGAUCUUUACGUAAACAGCUGAAGAACCAGGCGGAGCUGGUUUACGUGAGCGCGCCGCACUGUGUGGAGCAGGACGGCACGAAAAAUAACAUCAACGAAGCUAAAGAGAAGGAUGUUUCGGAGGCUGGAUGUGGUGGAGGUGAUGAUGACCCCAGGGGCUGGUGGUUUUCUGACAUCCACGCCAGGAGUUUUAAUGCUCAGCAGCAGUGUGAGGAAAGCCUGGGUAUCGACGAAAGUGUGAAGACUGUGAGGGAAGCUGUGAAGGUCCAAGGUCCAUUUGAUGGUAUCCUGGGCUUCAGUCAGGGAGCAGCAUUUGUGGCCAUGCUGUGCUCACUUCAGGAGCAAAACCUGGUGCCAGAAUUCUGCUUCCGCUUUGCCAUCGUUGUCGCUGGCUUCCGCAGCGCUUGUCAGGAACACCAGAAAUUCUACAGUGUUCCUCUUAAGAUUCCCUCCCUGCAUGUGUUUGGAUUGACGGACCGUGUCAUCCCUGACAGCAUGAGCAGGGAGCUCCUCCCCUGUUUCCAAGACCCUCAGGUCGUCACACAUCCCGGUGGGCAUUUUAUACCUGCUACAUCUGCAUUCAGGCAAAACUACCUGGACUUUAUCACAAGGUUCUGGUGAAAAAAUGAAAUCACAGAGGGUUACACACAUCAAUGCAGCCAGAGAAUCUUUAAUAGUCAGGUUUAUUUUAGGUUCAUCAGAGUACAUACCUCCAACAAGGCCCAAGCUCCUCUGUCUCACAAUGUUUUUGUAUUUUUUUUUUUUUUAGUCUUUCUUGCUUCUUUUGGUGGAUUCAUUGUCAUUCAUUAUCUGUGUCCAGGUUAAUCUGACUGGCCUGUCCCUGCAUCAUCUUAGUGUGUUUGUGUAACUUGGAUUAUAAUUUCAGUCAUGCUUUGGAUAAAAAAAGAUUGUUGAUUUAAAGCCUAUGUAUUACGUGUGGUGUCCAUGGUGUUUGUUUUUGUUGUUGCUCUGAUACAUUCAAAACCAACUGCUGUUCAUCUCGAGGACAAAGUCUUGCACGCAUAAUAAACA